UGGGUCUCUCUCAUCCCAGGCCACUGCGGAGCAAAUUCGGCUUGCCCAAAUGAUCUCGGACCACAACGAUGCUGACUUUGAGGAGAAAGUGAAACAACUGAUCGACAUCACAGGGAAGAAUCAGGACGAGUGUGUGAUUGCCCUUCACGACUGCAACGGAGAUGUCAACAGAGCCAUCAACGUGCUGUUGGAGGGGAACCCAGACACGCACUCCUGGGAAAUGGUGGGGAAGAAGAAAGGCGUGUCGGGACAGAAAGACAACGGGCAGACGGAACCCAGCGAAGAAGGCAAAGAGAACCGGGAAAAAGAGCGGGACUUCAGCCGGCGACGGGGGAGCGGCUUGCCCCGAAGAGGCCGCGGAGCCAGCCGUGGGAGAGAAUUUCGGGGCCAAGAGAACGGACUGGAUGGCAGCAAGACAAGUGGAUCUUCUGGCAGAGGCACGGAGAGAGGCCGGCGGGGACGUGGGCGAGGCAGAGGCGGAUCUGGACGACGGGGAGGAAGAUUUUCUGCCCAAGGCAUGGGGACUUUCAACCCCGCCGACUAUGCAGAACCCACCAGCACGGACGAAGGUUACGGCAAUAACAGCAACACAUGGAACAGCACGGGAAGUUUUGAGCCAGAUGAUGGGACGAGAGUUGAUUACGUUAGGGGCGAGGGGUCAAAUUAUCCCCGAAAAUUUGACACUGCUCCUGGUGCCUGGAGGACAGCAACGGAGGAGUGGGGGACUGAGGACUGGAAUGAAGAUCUUUCAGAAACGAAGAUCUUCACUGCCUCCAACGUCUCCACAGUGCCGCUGCCUGUGGAAAAUGUGACCAUCACAGCUGGACAGAGAAUCGACCUUGCAGUGCUCUUAGGGAAAACACCUUCCUCGCUGGAGAACGAAUCUCCCAACUUGGAUUCCUCCCAAGCGCCGGCUCUCAACCAGCCCCUGGUCUUCAGCAAUUCGAAGCAAAGUACCGUCUCUCAGUCUGCUUCGGCCAACACUUUCUCCCACCACGGCAUGACCUAAAGAACCCCUCAGAACCGGCGGCGCACAGUCCCUUCACCAAACGGCAGGCCUUUUCCCCCACCUCUGCCAUGAUGGAAGCCUUCCUCCAGGAAAAGCAGCCGGCGGCAACGGCCUCCUCCGUUUCGGCUCCGCCGCCUCCGUCCUCCCCACUCGCCACCAAAACUAACCCAGUCUCCCAGAUGUCACCGGAUUCCUCCAGCCCUCAGCCGGCCCAGCAGAAAUUAAAACAACAGAAAAAGAAGGCCUCCUUGACAUCAAAGAAUGGCUUCAGCUCGGUGGCACCGACGCAGUUGCAAACCACCCAGACAACUGAAGGUUCCGCCGGGUCUGCAGUCAAAUCCGACUCCCCUUCGGCCCCCAGCAUCACCGCCCCUCUGAGCGACGCCGUAUCGGCCGCCUCCCUGCUGACCACAGCCACCCAGCAUUCCUCGGUGCUGAGCAGCCUGAAUCACGCCGAGGAGCUCUCGAAUACAGCCGCCACGCAACACAGCAGUACCUUACCUGCCCAACAGAACAGCCUCUCUUCCUCAACUUCCUCUGGUCGCACGUCAACUUCGACUCUCUUGCACACCAGCAUGGAGAGCGAAGCCGUGCUCCACUCUUCUACAAGCACUUUCUCCACCGCCUCCAGUACCGUCUCGGCUGCACCGCCGGUGGUGAGCGCUCCCUCAAGCCUGAGCAGCGUCAGCAGCCUGGGCCUGAGCCUCAGUAAUAACUCCACCGUGACGGCCACCACACGCAACUCCAUAGCCACGACGUCAGGAAAGGCUCCCCCCAACCUGCCUCCCGGCGUGCCACCAUUGUUGCCGAACCCGUACAUCAUGGCACCAGGGCUGCUGCACGCCUACCCGCCCCAAGUUUACGGCUACGAUGACUUACAGAUGCUGCAGACAAGGUUCCCCUUGGACUACUACAGUAUCCCGUUCCCCACCCCAACCACUCCUCUGACCGGAAGAGAUGCAAGCUUGAAUAGCAACCCUUAUUCUGGUGAUCUCACGAAAUUUGGCCGAGGCGAUGCCUCUUCCCCCGCGCCGGCGACCACGCUGGCCCAGCCUCAACAGAACCAGACCCAAACGCAUCAUACCACCCAACAGACCUUCCUCAACCCGGCCUUGCCGCCUGGCUACAGUUAUACCAGCCUGCCCUACUACACUGGGGUUCCUGGCCUACCCAGCACCUUCCAGUACGGGCCCGCUGUCUUUCCCGUCGCCCCGACUUCUUCCAAACAGCACAGCGUCAACGUGAGCGUGAAUGCCUCGGCCGCCCCCUUUCAGCAAGCCAGUGGUUAUGGGUCCCACGGAUACAGCACGGGUAAGGAGAUGUUGAAUGGGCAUUGGGGGCGGGGCUUUGAUUUGCAUAGAGUGGGGAGGAGCAGAACCUGUUCUGACCGAGGCUUCCCGAGAAUAUCAGGAUCUAUCUACAUUAUAUCUAUCUGCCUCUACCAUCCAUCUCCCUCUCCCUCUCCCUCCCUCCCUCUCUCUCUCAGGACCCCCGACCCCUUUUGGGGGUCUUUCACCCGGGAUGACGAGGACGAUGAAGACGACGAGGAUGAUCUGGAUUUUCAGGAAAACCACUUUUCCCCCGAUGGCUUCACUUUCGGCUUCAGCUUUGAGCCAGGCGGGAUUCACUUCCACGACCAGUUUGGCUUCCAGGAACUCUUCCGGGAUUUUAACAACUUCUUCAACGACAUCGGAAGCCGGAGUCUCCCUGCCCCGUCCUUCGAAUCCCCUUGCUUGGACUGCCGCCCGCCUUCCGCCAGCCCCCCUGCUGACAAAGGACAGACCCUCCGUGAUUCGAUGCUGAAAUUCCCGGACAUCCAAAGUCGCGGAGCAGACGAGGGUCUCAAUCCCCCUAUUUCGGGAGGGAGACUCUGGGCCCCUUUCCGAGGGUUUCAAGGGAGCCAAUCGGAUGCCCCUGAUUCGAAAGAUUCCCGCAAAGAGGAUGGAGAUCUCGAUUCUCAAGUGACUUCCAAAGGUUUGCAAGCUAUUCUACCUCCCGCCCAGCCCCGGUCGUAUUUCAAAAGCGUCUCCGUCACAAAAGUGAUGGCCCCGGAUGGGACGGUCGAGGAACGCCGGACGGUGCGCGACAGCCAGGGUCACGAGGAGACGGUCGUUACUCGGAGCCCGGGGCCGGAUGACGGCCUGGCGAGAGGCCCACGAGAUCCGGUCCCUUUCAGCCCUGGCCCGGAUGGAGACUUGAGUGACACCAGUUCGAUUCUCAACAGCUUUUUCCGCCGCUGGUUUCCGAACCAGUAAUUCCUUUGGCAGAGAG